CACCCUGUUGGCGGCCUUCUCCGGGGGGCGCGCACAUCGGGAGGGGCGCGGCGUCGUGGAAGGCGCGGAGGGGGGAGGUCCGUGGCCCUCCCCAUGCUGAGCGCGAUGGUAGAGUCCGCAGCUCAAAUUCCGAGAAUUGGGCUCUGUUGAUUCUUAGAACUGGGGUUCUUAGAAGUGGUGAUGCAAGGAGUUUCUAGGAAAGCCCGGAGACCAGGUUUGAAAGAAACUUUUGGACUGUGAAUUGAGGCAUUGGACUCAAGAUGGCCUCGCCGGCAGACAGCUGCAUCCAGUUCACCCGCCACGCGAGCGACGUCCUCCUCAAUCUCAACCGCCUCAGAAGCCGGGAUAUCUUGACUGAUGUUGUCAUCAUCGUGAACCGGGAGCAAUUUAGAGCCCACAAAACAGUCCUGAUGGCCUGCAGUGGCCUCUUCUACAGCAUCUUCACUGACCAGCUCAAGUGCAACUUGAAUGUUAUCAACCUGGAUCCUGAAAUUAACCCUGAGGGGUUUUGCAUCCUCUUGGACUUCAUGUACACCUCCCGCCUGAACUUGAGGGAGAACAAUAUCAUGGCUGUGAUGGCCACAGCACUCUACCUGCAGAUGGAGCACGUGGUUGACACCUGCCGAAGGUUUGUCAAGUCUAGUGAAGCAGAGAUGGUGUCUGCUGUGAAGACCCCAAGGGAAGAUUUUUUGGCUGGGCGGAUGCUGGGCCACCCAGAGGUGAUGGCUUAUCGGAGCAGAGAUGUCUCAGAGAAUGGCAUGCCCCUUCAAAACGGGUCCCUCUGCAAUGGGAGGGCCUUUGCACCUGGCUUGAUCAACAGUUUGUCUGGAUCCCCCAUUUCCUACCAUGGAUACAGCCCUCUCCCUCUAAAUAGCUUCCUAGUGGAUGAUGAGUUGCGGGAGAUGAGGAUGCCUCUCUCUGAACUUUCAAGGGCAGGUGCCUUCCCCAAGGAGAGGAUCCUGCCGUGCGACAGCUCCAGGACAAUCCCCACUGAGUACGUGAGAACCAUUACCGACAUCUCUGCCAACAUGUGCCACGCUACCAUCUAUGCUCCAAAGGAAGGUGCUGCUGAAGAAGCCAGGAGUGACAUGCACUACAGCGUGGCUUCUGGGCCCAAACCUGUCAUCCCUUCAGUCCGGAACAAUCCCUACUUCCCUUGUGAUAAAGUGGCCAAAGAAGAGGAGCGGACCUCUUCAGAGGACGAGAUCAGCCAGCACUUUGAGCCCACCAACACACCCCUGGACCGCAAGGGACUCAUCAGCCCUCAGAGCCCGCAGAAGUCAGACUGCCAGCCCAACUCACCAACUGAGUCCAGCAGCAGCAAGAAUGCCCGUAUCGGUCAGAACUCCAGCUCCCUCUUCACCAAGAGCCCCACAGACCCCAAAGCCUGCAACUGGAAGAAGUACAAGUUCAUUGUCCUCAACUCUCUCAACCAGAACACCAAGCAAGACAGCACUGACCAGAACGAGAUGGGAACCCUCUCUCCUCGCACCUAUGUGCCCAUGUCCACUUGCCAGCAGUCCAUGGAGCCGGAGCAUCUCAGUGUGCAAUCCCCCACAAAGAUAAGUGUGAAUGGUGAAGACUCUACGAUCCCACAAGCGAGCAGACUCAACAAUAUUGUUAACAGGUCCCGGGAUGGGUCCCCUCGGAGCAGCGAAGGGCAGUCCCCACUGUACAUGCAUUCAUCGAAGUGCAGCUCCUGUGGCUGCCAGUCCCCACAACAUACUGAGAUGUGCCUUCAUACCCCUGGCUCAAACUUUGGAGAAGAGAUGGGGGAAACCCAGUCUGAAUACUCUGACUCCAGCUGUGAGAACGGAGCCUUCUUCUGCAAUGAGUGUGACUGCCGGUUCUCUGAGGAGGCCUCUCUCAAAAGACAUUCUCUGCAAGUCCACAGUGACAAACCCUACAAGUGUGACCGCUGCCAGGCCUCCUUUCGCUACAAGGGGAACCUCGCCAGCCACAAAACUGUCCACACAGGAGAGAAGCCGUACCGCUGCAACAUCUGCGGGGCACAGUUCAACCGACCGGCCAACCUGAAAACCCACACGCGCAUCCACUCCGGGGAGAAACCCUACAAGUGUGAGACUUGCGGGGCCAGAUUUGUCCAGGUGGCCCACCUCCGUGCUCACGUGCUCAUUCACACCGGGGAGAAGCCGUACCCCUGUGAGAUCUGCGGCACACGCUUCCGGCACCUGCAGACCCUCAAAAGUCACCUUCGAAUCCACACAGGAGAGAAACCGUAUCAUUGUGAGAAGUGCAACCUGCAUUUCCGCCACAAAAGCCAGCUGCGGCUCCACCUGCGGCAGAAGCACGGGGCCAUCACCAACACCAAGGUGCAGUACCGCAUCUCGGCCAGCGAGGUGCCUCCGGAGCUCCCCAAGGCCUGCUGAAGGCACAGGAUUUCCCAGGAGGAGGUCGGCUUGGGGGGCAUGGCAGGGAGAAGCUGUCCAAAGGAUAUUUGCAACACUUUAAAAGAGGGGGGAAAAAAAAAAAAAAAAAAAAAAAAAAAGAAGAGAGAAAAAAAUAUUCAUCACAUGAUGGAGUGCCUCUAAACCCAUAGUACAGAUAGGUGAAAAAACAUUAGAAAUUUAAAAAAAAAAAUUACAAAUACACGGGUUUUAUUUUUCCCAGUUAUGUGAAACAAAAAGAAAAAAUAAAAUUAUUCAGAUCUUACUGUAUAUAAAACAUUAAAAAAAUUUAAAUAGUCAUUUUAAAUGUCUGUGCAGUGGAGUGUUGAUAAACUCUGGAGUCUAACCUUCACAGCCUUUGCCGUUUGAAGAUGAGGAAUGUAAUGUUGAUUUAUGGGAACAGAUUUUUUUCUUUUGUAUGCAAAAUGUGUGUUCUUUUAAAGAGAAAGUAUGCUAUUAAAGAGAGGGCUUUAACUUUUUUAACCAAAGGUGAAGGAAUCUAUGGCAGAGUUGUAAAUAUAUAUAGAUAUAAAUAUAUAAAUAUAUAUAUAAAAUAAAUAUAUAUAGACCUUUAAAAAAGCUAUAUUAAAAAUAUAUAAAAUGCAUUAAAGGCUCAGUUGGACUCUGCAGGCAGAAGCCACUCUGAGAAUCUUUAUUAUGAUAGAGCACUUAAGGAGAUAUUUUAAAGUAUUGCAUCUGUACAAGUAAGAAAAUAUUUUGUCUAAAUGCAUCAGUGUAUUUGUAUUUUUUUGCAAGUGAAGGUUUACAAUUUACAAAAAAGUGUGUAUUAAACCAACAAAGCUGCAGAAGGAAUUUAAAAUAAUAAUAAAGUGUAAUUUUUUUGUUCUAGUUCUCAGUCUGUAUAUAUGUAAAAUGUGGUUUCGCACGGUGCCUUUCUUUUCAAUGGAAGUUUUCAGUGUAUGGACUAUAUUGAGCUCAGUUUCUUCAAGGUACAGCCUGAUAUUGCAAAAGGAGUUUUGGUGGAAGUCUUAAGUGGGGGGAAUGUUGUUUUGUUUUUUUUUUUUGGUUGUGUUUUUUUUGUUUUGUUUUGGUUUUUUUUUUUUUUUUUUUUUUUUUUUGGUCUUAUUUUACAUGCUUGUGUUAUAAACAAUCUCGGGAGACAGGGUUUGGGCUGUGUCUAAACUGCAUUAAUGCAUUCUGUAAAAUAUAGCUGUACAAAUAAAAGAAUAAAAUGAAGAAAAGUGAUGUA